UUGUUUUCUUUCUUAAAACCGAUGGAAGAACAGCUUCACUGAAUAGUCACAAACGCCGCUGACCACUCUGAUCUCUUCAGUGAACACGCGUUACACAGUCGGCGUUGCAAAGAUGAAGGUGGUUGCACUUGUUAGCGGCGGUAAAGAUAGCUGCUACGCUAUGAUGAAGUCUAUUCACUAUGGCCAUCAGAUUGUUGCGUUGGCGAAUUUGAUGCCAGUUGAUGAUUCCGUCGACGAGCUCGAUAGCUACAUGUAUCAAACUGUUGGGCAUCAAAUUAUCAUCAAAUAUGCUGAAUGUAUGGGAUUGCCAUUGUUUAGGAGGCGAAUACAAGGAUCCUCAAGGCAUCUAGAGCUUGGUUACAAAAAGACAGAAGGUGAUGAAGUUGAAGAUAUGUAUAUUUUAUUACGUGAAGUGAAAAGGCAGAUACCCUCAGUUACUGCGGUGUGUUCUGGAGCCAUUGCAUCUGACUAUCAGAGACUGCGGGUGGAAAGUGUAUGUUCAAGGUUAGGCCUUGUUUCUUUGGCAUACUUAUGGAAACAAGAUCAGUCCGUGCUCCUCAAUGAAAUGAUUGCAAAUGGAAUAGUAGCUGUAACUGUGAAGGUAGCUGCCAUGGGUUUGGAUCCUGCUAAGCACUUGGGUAAAGAAUUAGCCUUGUUAAAUGCUUAUUUGCAUAAAUUGAAAGAGUCAUAUGGAAUCAAUGUUUGUGGUGAAGGAGGGGAAUAUGAAACAUUGACUCUUGAUUGCCCGCUCUUUACUAAUGCUCGCAUUGUGCUUGAUGAAUAUCAAGUUGUGAUGCACUCUUCAGAUUCCAUAGCUCCUGUUGGAGUCCUUCAUCCCUUGGCAUUUCAUUUGGAAAACAAGCCAGACGACCACUCUUUAAAAACACAAGACAAAAUACAUGAGAUUUGUAUGCAGAAAUUAGGAUCGGUGUUCGAAGUGCAUGACAGUCUAGAAGGAUUUGAAGCUGAAUGCAAGCCUCUUGAUUGCACUUAUCCAAUUGAUGUUGUAGAACAUAAAUUUAACGUUUCAAGAACAAAUAACAUGAACACAUUCUCCAUAUGUUGCUCGUUGCAAGAUUCAUGCAGUGAUUUGCAGGAAGAUUUAACGAUUGUUUUGAGGAAAAUUGAAUCAGAGUUAGCAAGUUUUGAUUUUGGCUGGGAGAAUGUACUUUAUAUUCACCUGUACAUCGAUGACAUGAAUAAGUUCUCUGAGGCAAAUGAGACAUAUGUGAAGUUUAUAACACAGCAGAGGUGCCCAUUUGGUGUCCCAUCUCGUAGUACAGUUGAAAUGCCUCUCAUUGAGAUGGGUUUUAGUAGAGCAUAUGUUGAAGUUUUGGUAGCAAAUAAUAAAGAUAAAAAGGUUUUGCAUGUGCAGAGUAUUUCUAGUUGGGCACCUAGUUGCAUUGGGCCAUACAGCCAGGCAACCUUGCAUGAGGGUAUACUUCACAUGGCUGGUCAACUCGGGCUUGACCCUCCUACCAUGAAUCUUUGCGGUGGAGGCCCAGGGGUUGAACUGGAACAGGCACUAAAAAACAGUGAAGCAGUGGCAAAAUCUUUUAACCGCUCAAUAUCGACAUCUGCAAUUAGCUUUGUUAUUUACUGUUCUAAAAAUAUCUCUUUAUCGGAGAGAGUUGAUAUCGAAAAGAAACAUGAAACAAUUCUAAGACAAAUGAAGAUAUUUGAUUCACAGGAAGGCAAAAAGUACAAAACAUUAGAACCUGUAUUUCUUUACGUCCUUGUUCCAAAUCUACCUAAAAGAGCAUAUGUAGAAGUGAAGCCCAUUCUUUAUGUGGAGGAUGGUGCAGAUGAAGAAAUUGAGACCAUGACAAAAAGUUCUUGUUCAAAGACAUCAUGUUAUUGGGGUUUCAAGCAGGAAAGUUGGCAUGAUUCUUGCAUUCAGAAAUGUGUGAUUCCGGGAAAGAUAUGUGUCAUUAUAUUGUCGAUCACAAGUGAGCUGGCUGCAAAGAUAUCUAAUGAUUCUCUGCCUGCCGAUUAUGUCAACAAUAAUGAUCAACAUUCUCUACCAAAAUCAUGUAUGGAGCAGUUAUCAAAGUUCUGCAUUUAUCUUCUUGACAAAGUUAUAAUAGAUAACGACUUUGCCUGGGAAGAUAUAAUGAGUUUGAGGUUCUAUAUUCCGGUAAGCCUUCAAAUGUCAGUGGAGCUAAUACAGCCCAUGUUCUGCAAUGCACUUUUUGAACUUUCUCAAAUUAGUCAGAGGGAAGUUAAAAAAGUUGAGCCAAUCUUCAACCUAGUUCCCGUCAUAGGUGCUGGGCGGUCUGCUUCAUCCAUGGAUGAUUUAGUGACAUGUGAAUUACUGGCUCAAAAAUCCUGAUGUGCAAGGUUUUUUUUUUUCUUUCAAUUUUGUUGUAUCAAACUUUUUAUUUUUUUAUUUUAAUUAAAAAAUAUCAAAUAGGAUUCGCUGAAAUGAAUAGGUUGUUGAUUAGGAGAGAAUUUACUUAUUUACCCAUUUAGGUCUAUUGAUGACUUGGUGGUGCUUAAAAAAAUUGGGCAGAGCAGACCAUACAGUAAAAAAAUUUGUUCAUUUUAUUUGAAUUACAUAAGAUGUAUCGAAGGUUGUUCGAAGGAAGUUUAUGCUAAAUUUUUAUUCACAUGUAUGAAUGGUUAACAUGCAUGCGACGACAACCAAGACAACCAUGAGAGUAGUCUACUCUCAUCCUUGUUCAUCCCUCCUUGUACUCUAUAAAUUUUAUUUCGCAUGGAUCAUUAAGAUAAACAUAUUCUUCAUUAUAAAAAACAAAGAAGAUAAACAUAUUCUUCAUCAUUAUAUUAUUAUAAAUAUGAUAGAUAUAUGAUAUAUGUUCAAAUCAUUCAAUUGAUAUCAAAGUUGUCUUGAAAAUGUUAUUGCUAUUGUGAUUUUAAUACAUGCAUUGUAUUUGAUUUUGUCUUC